GAUAUUCUAUAUACUUCCUUGACACGAAAGGCGAACCGCACAUAAUGGCCCUGCUGGCUAUGGUAGCAUUGCUCUUCUUUCUCGUAGCUCCACUCUUUUGGAUCUUCAAUCUCAUCGUCGCCUCCCGCAAAGAAACUCCUGCUCAAGCUCUUCAAAUUCCUCCGGGAAACUUGGGAUGGCCGCUCAUCGGAGAAACUUUCAGGUACGCUGUCCAAUCCGGCUCUACUUUCUACGACGAGAGAGUUGCAAAGUAUGGCGCCGUGUUUAAGACAUCGCUCUUUGGCUCCAAGACUGUGGUUCUUCCAGCUCCGGAGGGCAAUAGGCUCAUCCUCAUGAACGAGAACAAGCUCGUCAGUGUCUCGUAUCCAAAGUCCGUGAGCGUUCUUCUGGGAGAGAAUUCCCUCAUUGCGCUGCGAGGUGACGAGCACCGGCGAUCCAAAGCUCUGCUCAUGACGUUUCUCCGGCCAGAGAUGCUCCAAAAGUUCGUGGGUCGGGUGUGCAAGGUCGUCCACGACCAUCUCCAGAAGUUCUGGAGCGGUGGCGACGAGGUGAUCCGGGUGUAUAAUCUCAUGAAGAUGUUUACGUUCGCUCUGGCUUGCGACUUGCUCAUGGGCCUCGACAUUGGCGACGAGGAGAUGGAGUUUCUGGCCAGAGAUUUCGAUACGCUGGUGCGAGGGCUCUUCCAGCUCCCCAUCGACUUGCCUGGGACACAGUUUUGCAGAGCCAAAGCUGCGAGGAAGAAGCUCGAUCAGUGCUUUGAUCGCCACAUACGAGAAAAGAGACGAGAGCUUGCGGGAAGUUUUCGUGCUAGAUCUCAUGAGCAGGAUAUGUUGGAGGUAUUGCUCACGACCAGGGAUGAGAAUGGAGAGUUCAGCACGGACUUGGCAAUCAAGGACAACAUUGUUUCGUUGCUCUUUGCGGGGCACGAUACUUCGAGCGUCGCUCUUACCUGGACAUUGAAGUUCCUGGCGGAUUCUCCCUCUUGCAUGGACAAAGUUGUGCAAGAAAACUUGGCGGUUCGAAGCUCGCGAAGUUCUUCAGAGCUUUCGUGGGAGGAUUUGAGGAAGCUAAAGUAUACAUGGCAAGUGGUCCAGGAAUCCAUGAGGAUGAGGCCUCCUGUUGGCGGUGGCUUCCGCGAGGCUCUCGUCGAUUUGGAGUUUGAUGGAUAUGUCGUUCCCAAGGGAUGGAAGCUCAAUUGGACCACUGCUACCUCAUACAGGAAACCAGAGUUUUUCGUGGAGCCAAACAAGUUUGAUCCAUCUCGCUUUGAUGGAGGGAAUGGAAUUGCUCCAUACACUUUCCUCCCGUUUGGGGCAGGCGCAAGGAUGUGCCCGGGCUCUGAGUUUGCAAAGAUGGAAAUCCUCGUCUUCCUGCACUAUUGUGUUCUCCAGUUCGAUUGGAAGCUCCUGGAACCCAACGAACAGGUGAUCAUCGAUCCAAUGCCUCGCCCUGUUCAUGGAAUGCCUGUAAGAAUCUCUAAAAGAAAUUAAAACUUUAAAUUGUGUUUUC